UCACGUGUUGGAGGUCUCGUAUGUCUCUGUGCUUACUUCCUGCAGCCGCAGCCUGGGUCAUGGCCGAGCUGGGAGGUGGAGUGUAGGUCCCCUUCCCUGUCCUACAGGCGCCGUUAGGGCUCGACAACGCCAUCAGACCCUCGUUCACGGAAGAUCACCGUUAGAUCGUAUAGUACCGAAGCUUCUGAAGACUCUCGCGGGCGAGAUAGGGCUUCAAACCACGCCAUAAAUCCCCUCUCCACAUCCCCUUGCAACAGGAACCCAUGCCAGGCCCCCGCAACAGUAAAUCUGGAGUUUGAGCGCACGGGAUUCCCCUUCGCUGGAUUCCACAGAAGUACCACACCUGUCAGACGAACUUACUUUUGAGUAACCGUGGAUGCGUGCAUCGUAAUGGCCACCGGAGGAACUGACGCCAUGGAUAGGGGAGUGGAAGCUGCGAAAUAUCGUGCACUCUACCGCUACGACAAGGAAUCCUCGGAAGACGUAAGCAUGGAGGUUGGGGACAUCCUUGUCGCGAAAGGACCGUUCACAGACAUUGAGGGUACAGUUGAGAAACCAGAAGGCUGGUUGACUGGACGUAACGAAAGAACAGGCGAAUCGGGUUGCUUUCCCGGUACCUACACUGAAUUUGUAGAAAGAUACUUCGUCCCCGUGGCCGUGCCAAGACGUCCGCCAAGGCCUCCGCCAAGACCAGGGGCUCGAAGUAGUGAAGGUAAUGACUCAGGAUUUAUAGGCUCGCCCGCACCCGGAGUAACACUUGGAGGUUCCGGUGGGUCUCGAGGGCACAGCUUGAUAGAGAUUGCUGUUGUGAAGCCUAUACUCUGUCAGCAUUGUAAGGCAUUUAUCUGGGGCCAGGGAAAAUCCGCUGUUAAAUGCGAAGUUUGCCUGUGCUGUUUCCACAAAGGCGACACUGACCGAGUCGGCUGCGGUUCUUUUGCCGCUGACCACACCUGUGUGCGAGCAGAAACCUCCAACUACCAGACCUUGGACCACGGAGUGGAGGUCAGUAGGUGGUCAGUAGAAAACGUGCAGCACUGGAUGGCUGCGGUCAACUUGAGCCGCUACUCGGAACUCUUCAAGGCCCGCCAUGUGGACGGCUCUAAGCUGGAAACCCUGAAUGACCAGGCGCUCAUGCACAUGGGCAUCAUGGACGAUUUCCACAGAAUCUGUCUGAUGAACAGUAUAGAUGAACUGUGCAAGGGCACCUCAGCAAUGAGAACAGCAGUGCCGUUGGACCCCAGCAGCCACGGGGAGGAGGCCUCCCUCCCCAUUUCUAGCCACAGGUUCAAGGAGCACAGCUUCUCCACUGUCACCUGGUGCGACAAGUGUCACAAGUUCCUGUGGGGGCUCAUCAGACAGGGGCUACAGUGCCAAGACUGUGCCUACAGUUGCCACCGCAUGUGUGCCCACACUGGAGUCCCUCCCUGCAACACAGAAGUCAGGGACAGACGAAGAAGAGAAAGCUACUCACCAAAUCCGCUGUUUGGGGAGGAUUUGAAGCUCCAGUUUAGUCCGCCCGACCCAGCGCCAGUGGUCGUGAUCAAGUGCUGUAAAGCCAUAGAGGAAAGAGGUCUUGAUCUAGAUGGAAUCUAUAGAAUCUCCUCCUCAACUGCUGCUAUCAACGAACUGAAGAAGUCGUUCAACACGGAUCCCAACUCGGUGGAUCUAAGCAUCUACGACCUGCACUGCGUCUCCGGCGCCCUGAAGCGGUACCUCCGAGAGCUGCCCAACCCGGUGCUAACCACGGAGCUGUAUGACAGCUUUAUCGCAGCAGCUAAAGAGCUGAAAGAAGAAGUAGAGCUAGUGGCCCGGCUCCUAGAGCUGGUGAAACAGUUGCCUGAGCAGCACAGACUGACGCUGGAGUGGCUGAUGGCCCACUUCUGCCGAGUCUGCCAGCACAUCAAAGCCAACAAGAUGACUCCCAAGCACCUGGCAGUGGUCUUCUGCCACAUCCUGAUGAGACCGCCCUGGGAAAAUGUGCUACAAGUGACCAGUAACACUGAGUACCAUGUGAAGGUUGUGGAGUUGCUCCUGACUGGAGGAAGCUGGGGAGAGGCUCUGCCUGAUGUGGAACUGGAAGAGGAUAAACCAGCCAUACCACCCCGGAUGCCACUCGGACGUAAAGGCAAAGAGAACAGCUUCAACAACUACGAGACACCACAGUCUCUUCAAGAGGCAGAGUGGUACUGGGGAGACAUCUCAAGGGAGGAGGUCAAUGACAAGUUGAAGGACACGCCAGAUGGAACCUUCCUGGUUCGGGACGCCUCCACCAAGUACAAAGGGGACUACACACUAACCCUGAGGAAAGGGGGUAACAACAAGCUGAUCAAGAUCUGCCAUCGAGACGGGAAGUACGGGUUCUCGGAGCCGCUCCGCUUCAGUUCCGUGGUAGAACUCAUCCAGCACUACCGGAAGGAGUCGCUAGCGCAGUACAACUGCAAGCUCGACGUCAGGCUCACAUACCCUGUCUCCAAGAUCCAACAGGGUGAUGAGGGUGUAGAGGGCAGCAGUGUGGACAUGGUGGGGAAAAAGCUACAGGAGUUAAACAAGGAGUACCUGGACAAGAGCAAACAGUACGACCAGCUGUACGAGUCCUACACCAAGUCCACUCAGGAAAUCCAGAUGAAGCGUCAGGCUCUAGACGCCUUCAAGGAGACCAUCAGCAUCUUCGAGGAGCAGGCCAAGUCUCACGAGAGAUACCACUCGGAGGUCAAGGGUCAGGAGUACAAAAAGAUCAUGGAGAACUACGAGAACCUGAAGUCUCGGUUGAACGAGAUCAUCGAGAGCAGCAAACAGCUGGAGCUGGACCUGAAGCUGCAGACGGAGGGCAACCGGAACCUGGACCGCGAGAUGAACAGCAUCAAACCGGACAUCAUCCAGCUGCGCAAGAUCCGCGACCAGUACGUCAUGUGGCUCGGACACAAGGGCGUCAAGCAGGACAAGAUCAACGAGUGGCUCAAGGCUUCGUACGACGGACACGGCGGAGACACGACGGCACCGAACUUUAAUGAGGAGGCUCUCCCGCACCACGAUGAGUCACUGUGGUUCCUUCCCGACUGUUCGCGGGUGCACGCUGAAAGCUUGUUGGACGGCAAGCCUGAAGGGACCUUCCUAGUGCGCAAGAGCAGCCAACAGAACAACUAUGCCUUGUCCAUUGUAGCGGAGGAAGGGGCAGCGCGACACUGCGUCAUCUACAACUCAGCAACCGGGUACGGGUUUGCCGAACCCUACAACCUGUACGCCUCACUCAAGGACCUGGUGCUACACUACCAACAGAACUCACUGUACGAACACAACGACUCGCUCAACACCACCCUGGCGUACCCGGUGUACGGGCCUCCCCCGCCCGACCUCCCGCAGCGGUGACGAGACUUUACCGUGCUCGCUACGAUUCGCAAAGGUGCUGUCUAUCAAGGGCUGUACUGUAACUGUGACGUUAACAACAACACCACAGCCGAUAGUCUUGGGGAACAUCGACGUCCUCUCCUAGUGAAAAUAUUAACUGAUGAACACAACUUUGGUCAUGGCAAGAUUACUUUAACAUUUGAAUGCCAUAGCUUGAAGCAAAGAGAUAUCUAGAUACAAGAACAAAUAGUUUCUUUUGGUCCAAUCAGGUAUGUUUGCAGGAGUGAUUCAGUAAUUUUUUAAGUUUUGCUGAAAACGUACUGCAUAAUCACUGCCAGUGUUUAAAUUUGUUCGCAAAUUGUAUCCCCUUUUGAUGCAUUUAUUUCAAUUUUUAUGUUUGUUUGUUUGUUUGAUAGACCCUUGUCAAUACAUCCUAGCCUACGCUAGGUUCCCAUGAUGCUUUUAGUACCUGUUUGAAAAAUCCUUGGCCAGCAGUGUAACUGAGACACUUCCCAAUGUAUCAUCGAAGGACAUAUCAAAUACUGUUGUUCACCCAGAUUUUUGCCAGUGACCUUAAUACUUACAAUUAGUCAACGCUGUGUAUCUAUAUGUAUAUAAUAUAUAUAUCUAGCAUUGUAUGAUGAGAAGACAUGCAGCUUGACAUGGAGAGAAAGAUGUCAAUGAGGAGGCCUUGUCUUAGUCUAUAGGCUUGAAGUCGCCAGAAAAAAAUUGUUACUUUUUACAUGAAUUGUUCUCAAGCAUAAAAGAUUCAAGGACGGUUGUUUUGAUUAAUGGGCGUAAGGAAGAGCUGAUAGUCUAAGAAGAGGCCAUCCUCGGUCGUCUUGAACAAUAAGGUGCAAUCUGAAGUUUCGGGAAAUUCCUGGGGUUUCUGGUUCCAGGAAAUCUCUGGGUUUCCCCGGUAAAAGGAAAUUCCUGGGGUUUUUGGUUCCAGGAAAUCUCUGGAGUUUCCCCGGAAAAGACUUCCAACAUGAUUCAGGGUUUAUGAAUGAUGUUCAUUAACAGUGUUUGAUGCUAGCUGCGGGUACUGAUGUGGGGAGGGGGGCAGACUUGACUGUUGUGUGAAUAAGAACAGUUUAGACAUGUACAUGAUACUAAUGAAGAAAGCCUAUGGUUUGUGAAAGUAGAAUACCAGAAGUGCUGUGCAACCCAUGAAACUUAUCGGAGGGAAAAUGCCUUGAAAGUUCCACCUUUGUUAAAGGAUAUCAGUAUUCCUGCUACCGAUCAUUACUUUUGUGCAGAAACUGAGUUCUUUUUUUGUUUCCUUGAUUACAUUGUGUAUCUCGAUGGACAUGCCUGAAGUUGGGGAUGAUGGAACUGCAAAUAUGAGUGUGAAGGAUAGGGGGCGUCAAAAGACUUGUGAAGCUUAUACUGUUUUGUAAUAUACUUGCCUAAUUUUGUACAGAUGUACCAUGAUUUAGAGACAGAGAAGAGAUUGAGCUCACAAGACUGUGAUUAAUGUAAAUAGAAGCAUCACAUGAAACUAACCAGGUUUAGGAAAGAAAUUACCUUUAUCUUUAUGUGUUUCUCCCAUUUUUCCCUGCUGUUAAUUUUGCUUUGUAGAUUCCACGUCUGACAAAAAAAACAGAGGUAAUAUUGGGAGAGUAUUGCAGAGGUUGAGUCAACGAUGAUACUGUGAUAUUUUUGGUCGCACUCUACAGCUGACCCUAAGUCUUUUUGUGUACAUAUAUAAACAUUAACUUCUUUUGUAAACUUGAAAUGUAAUAGCUGGGAUUAUUGCAUGGUGUGUAAAGGGAAUUCAUGGUGCCAAUAUGGCGGGCUGUCUGCCUUGCUAGCCGAAUCAGCCGUAUGAAAAAUGAACCGGUGCCAAGCACCCAUAUAAAGACAGUAACACUGUUGUAUCUGUGCAAAUCUCCCAUCUUGACAGCACAAGUCUGUAGGAUUAACAUCACAAAAGGCUGCCUCAAGUAUAACACGUAACAGUCUUGUAUCGGCGUAUGCCUUUGUAUUAUACUGUAUCGUUCAUACACAUUGUCUCAAAUACCAUGAUGCGACAGGCUGACCAUUUGUCCAAGGAUGGGUACACAGACAGAAGUGGACGCAUAUCUUGUAUAUUGAUAUUACCGUAGACUGUGAACUUGAAAGUAGACUUUGAACUGAAAUUUGGUGCUUUACGAAUUUUUCCCACUUGUGGACAAGCUAUGGACCGAAUUUUUGUGGUGCUGUUGAUAUACAGCAUACUAAAUUUGUACCCAAAUAUCUAGAGCUGUCCAGAGCCCUGACCAUACUUGGGAAAGAGUCAAAAGUUCUUUUUCUGUGUACACUUUUCUAUAGAUGUUCCACUAUUUGAUAUAUUGUGCCAAUGGGCAAUAUGCACCUCCCUUGUUGUAUAUAAGACUUCUAACACUGGUGUUCAGUGUAGUCCGCUGAAGGAUGCAUUUAAUGACAACCUGAUAUCUAGCGCAGAGACGUUUAGUUCGGUAGUGCAUAUAUUUUGUUCCGUUUGAAAUGACAGUCCAAUCGAAAAACCAGAAACGAUCAGGUUUGUUUUGUUGUAAAGAUCUCUGCUGCUGUACUUACAAUCUGUAACAUUUAACAAGACUCCGAUAGCAUUCCAAACCAAAUCACUUUUCAGGGACAGAUACGACUCAAAGCUUUGUUUCCAAUACGAAGGAAAAUUAGACGAAUGACAAACUGAUUUAUCCAUGAGUCUUAGAGUGACGGAAAGCUGUUGGAUUUUGUACCACGAAUUAAGUUUGUUAAUCUACUUUGUAUUAAAAAAAGCAGAAAUCAAGAUUUUCUUUUCCAAAACAAAACAUGAUUCUGUGCCAUCAAGGAAGAUAUGAAGAAAAAAAGUGGUAAAAUAUGAAACCAUUUUGAUGUGAACUCUGUGUUGCAAAAUUCCAGAUAACUUGUGAGUAGUACAGUGUUGGAUUUUUACUAGGAUGAAUUGUGUCCUCUGCAAUACACUCUCAGUUGGAAUAAACUUGGAAGAAUGACUAAAAAUGAAA